UUCUAUCAGCCAAAAAUUAAUUUUUUAUUUUUUGUUUAUAAAUAUAACAAGUGGAAAAUUCGAGUUUAUUAUAGUGAUGACGAUUAUUUUCUUUGACACAGACAAACAGUCGUCAAAUUGUAAAAAAAAAAAGAGUCCAACAAGAUAGCAGUGUUAUUGUACGAAUAAAAAAAGUCGAACAGUUUAGCUCUGGCAAGCAACAGCGACAGUAGACUUUUUAAAUUUAAUCAAACACGUUUCUAUCAAAGACAAUAAAAUUUCCAAGCAAUUUUUAAAAAAACCAUAAAUUAUCAAUAGCUAUUAUAAAUGUUAUAAAUAAAUUUAAUAACAAUUUUUAUCUAACGAAAAAAAAUAAAAUAAAAAAAAAAAAUAUUCACAAAUGACUCGUGGACGUAAAAAAAAAUACCACGUAGAAUUAAAAUUUAUAUGGAAAUAUUAUCUCAUUCGUUGAAAAGUAUAUUAAAAAAAUAUAUAUUUAUUAAAAAAUAAUAUAUUAAACAAGUAUUUGUUUACCACUUAAAAGUGAUAAAAAAUAAAAUAUAAAAAUUAAGUUGUAAAAAAAAAAUUUUCACUGUGAUAAAUAUUUAAAAAUAAACUCAGGAAGCAUAAAGAAUAAUAGUAUUUAAAUAAUACGUUGUUGUUAUUAUUAUAAAUAAUAAUAAUAAUAAUUUAGUUUAAAUAAAUAAAUUAAAUAAAUAAAUUGUGUUGGUGUAAAUAGCUUUGAAUAGCAAUGAAUGAUAAAACAUCAGAUAAAAUGGCUGAUUCAAAUAGCCUGAUAGAUCAAUUAGCAGUACCUCAAAAAAUCCAGCCAAUAGUAUGGAAAAAUGAUGAUGAAAAAACAGAAAUACAAAAAAAUUUAGAUGACUUAGAACUUGGUGUUGGACCUUCAAUAAAUGGCAGUGCAUUACGACAAGUAUUGGCAUCAUUUGUUGCACAACUUGGUACCAUAAAUACUGGUAUGGCAUUUGGUUUUUCAGCAAUAGCAUUACCACAAUUAGAAUCGUUAAACAGUACAAUAACAAUAAGUAAAGUUCAAUCAUCAUGGGUUGCAAGUAUGUCAUCAAUUGGUACACCAAUUGGUUGUGUAUUAACUGGUUAUAUGAUGGAUAGUCUUGGUAGAAAAAAAUCUCUAAUUAUAACUGAAAUACCAGCAUUAAUUGGUUGGAUAUUAAUAAGUUUUGCAACAAAUGUUGAAAUGUUAUAUAUUGGAAGAUUUUUAGUUGGUUUAGGAUCUGGUAUGGUUGGUGCACCAGCACGUGUUUAUACAUCUGAAGUAACACAACCACAUUUACGUGGUAUGUUAACAGCAUUAUCAUCAGUUGGUGUUUCAACUGGUGUAUUACUUGAAUAUAUAUUAGGUUCAAUUGCAACAUGGAAUAUUGUUGCAGCAUUAAGUUCAAUAAUACCAUUUGCUGCAUUAUUUUUAAUGUUUAUAUAUCCUGAAUCACCAUCAUAUUUAAUAUCACGUAGUCGUCCAGAUGAUGCUAAAAAAGCACUUAAACAAUUUCGUUCAAGUAAUUAUAAUCUUGAUAAAGAAAUGAAUGGACUUAUUAAAUUUUCACAAAAAAAUAAUAUUAAACAUUUAAGUGGACCACGUGAAAUAAUAAAAGCAAUAUUACAACCAAAUGCAUUAAAACCAUUUUGUGUAUUAUUUUUUUAUUUUUUAAUUUAUCAAUGGUCUGGUACAAAUGCAUUGACAUUUUAUGCUGUACAAAUAUUUAAUAAAUCAGGUGUUACAAUAAAUAGUUAUUUGAUAACUGUUGUACUUGGUGUUGUUAGACUAUUAUCAACAAUAAUGGCAUGUGUACUUUGUCGUAAAUGUGGAAGAAGACCAUUGACAAUGAUAUCAUCAAUUGGAUGUGGUAUAUCAAUGAUUGGAUUCAGUGGAUAUUUGUGGUAUUAUCAAUACUGGAAAUUAAAUAAUAUUGAACCAUCAUUUACUUGGAUGCCAGUGUUAUUUAUAUUUUCUUAUACUAUUGCUUGUACAAUUGGAUUUUUAGUUAUACCUUGGGUCAUGAUUGGUGAAGUUUAUCCAGUUCAAGUUAGGGGAAUCAUGGGAGGAUUAACAACUUUUUCAGCACAUUCAUUUGUCUUUAGUGUUGUUAAAAGUUUUCCAUUUUUAAUUGAUACAAUUACUAUGCAUGGCACAUUUUUAAUGUUUGGAUGUAUAUCGCUAUUUGGAACAAUAUAUUUUUAUACAUUUUUACCGGAGACUAAAAAUAAAACACUCCAAGAAAUUGAAGAUUAUUUUUCCGGUAGAAAUUCAAGUUUAAAAACAGGAAGUUUAAAAUUUCGUAAAACAAUUAUUCAUGAUGAUGAUGAUAAACAAAAUCAAGAAGAAGAAAUAACAAAAACAUAAAAUUUAUAUCAAUAAUUUUUAAAUCAUCAUAAUGAGCUAUUUUAUUUUUUUUUUUUUUGUUGUUGAAUGUUUAUAAAAAAUAACUAAUUAUUAAGUUUUUAAUUUUAAAUACAAAAUUAUUUUUAAAUAAAAAUAUUUUAGAUCUCGUAAAAGUAUUUUAAUAAAUUGAAAAAAUAAAAAAAAAAUGAUUAUUGUAAAUAAAUUAAUUUAACGCGCAAAAAUUACUUAUUUUUUUAAACAAAAGAAAGAUAAAUAAUUAUAAGAAAUAUGAUAAAUUUAAUAAAAAUUAUAAAUUAUAGAAAAAUAAAGAUGAGAAUUUUGUGAAUUUGAUAAAAAUAUAAACUUAUAUCUUUUAUUUUUAUUAACAAAAGCGACCCCGUGCUACCUUGUUAUUUUAUAAAGUACACCUUUUCUGUUUUAUAAUUCCCUAAUAAAAUCGAAAACUCCUCCGGUGGUUUUCUUGGUCCUAGACCACCAAUAUUGGCAUUGGUUAUUCAGAUGUUGGACAAAAUUAUGACGGGCCAAAUUAUUUACCUAAUAAUUAUAUAAUAAUUUUGGACCACAUCAGAGUGAUGGUAUAUGGGUAAUUGGACAAGCACCAAUGAACUUUGGUGGUGAUUGGAUGAAUAAUAAUAAAAAAAAUAAUAAUUGUAGUUCUAUAUAUAUAUUUUGGAAAUAUCUAAUAUUUAAGAAAAUAAAAAAAGAAAAUUUUCUUUCUUUUUUUUUUUUUCAUUAUUUAAUAGUGAAGAGAAUAAAAAUUAACUAACUAUUGUAUUAUUAUUAUUAAUAUUUGCGAAAAAAAAAAAUUUUUUAUAUGAAAAAAAAACAAAAGGAAUUAUUAAAUAAGAUAAUAAAAAUAACACAGCUCAAUAUUAAUAAUUAUAAAAUGUUUUUUUGUUUAUAAAAAAAUUAUUGUUAAAUGACUUAAUACUUCCAAGAUAAUGAUUAAAUAAAAAUUAUUAUAUACGUAUAUUACUCAAAAUAUAUAAUUAAAAAUAAUUGA